AUGUCGACCACCAACUCGAAAGCCCAAACAUCCGGUUUCACUGCUCAAGAAGACGAGCAACUGGCUCAUGGCUGGCUGGAAGCUUCCAAAUCAUUUCAGGGGCAGCCAAAAAAGCACGGUCUUUGGGCGGCUGUUACGGCCAAGUUCAACGAACACACCAGCUCAUCUCCUAGGGAAGAGGCAAUCCUCCACACCAGAUGGCUAGAAAUCCAACAGCACACGCGAAAUUUUUCCGUGUACUAUAAUCAGGCCAAGCGCAAUGCCCCAUCGGGAAGAUCUGAGAUCGAUCUAAUCAGAGCAGCAAAGGAUGCUUACUUGGCUCUCAACUACCGUGCUUUCGAAUUCGAAUCCGCAUGGAACGUUCUCCGCUUGCAUCCGGAGUGGAUGGACCAACGCGCCAUCGAAUUCGAGCUGCCUGCAAAGGCCAGCGAUGAUGUUCUUCUGGAAAAGGCCCCCGUCUCUCAGCGAUCUUUGGACGGGACAGAUCAAGGAGCUCGAGAACGAAAUGCGUCUACCUCAAAUGAUACAACUAAAGCUGACCUUCGUCCCACCCAGACCACCAACAUGACCAAACGCAAACGUGUCGAAGAGCACUGCAGUGCCCUCAAACAACCGAAAUCGCGCCAGGAGAAGCUUGCAGAGGACAAGAAGAAGGAAGAACAAUCAACAGCCCCGCCAAGUGUUCAAAAAGAAAAUCCGAAAUCGACCGAAAGGAGUUAUGCCGACAUCAUGAAUGACUGUGCAGAAAUUAGCCUAUUUCUAGCCGACCAGAAAGUGCUGGAGCAAGACUUAAAUCUCCUCACCGACGAUCUGGCCAGGGAGUACUUCGAGCUCAAAAGGAAGCAAAUUCUGGCACGUCGUCACGCCAAAUACCCGCAACUUUUCUCCCCGCCAAGUAGUUCCAUCCCUUAAGAUACCUCUUCCGCUGCAAAUCAAUCCAGCUCAACCUCGGAAAAUCGUCGGAUUGAGACCCCCUAAACUCGCCAAACAAAAACAUGAAGUCAUGUUGCUCACCCAAAACCAAAGUCGGUCGAUAAUGUGCCUCCUAUAGCUCGUUGAAGGAGAUUGAGUCAGGUUAUCGAUCGCUACUGUUAAUUCAGUGAUGAUAUCUGCGCCUGUACAGCGAUGUAUUUUAUCUGGUAAAACGUAGUAUUCAAUUCUUCCCAGUCAAGUCGAGCCCUUGACCAUUAUUUAUUAGUGAACUUAUGUGUUUGCUGAACAUCUUUUUCCCAGUAAGCAGUCAAAAAUUGCAAAGA